AGCGACGCGGCUAUACUUCACACGACUUAUUGAAAUCCUUUGAAAUAAAAAAAAAGUUUUUAGUCUUUUAAAUUAAAUAAAAAUUGUGAGUGUUCUGUGGAUUUUACCAUCAUGAUCGAUUGAUAUUGUGCGGCAUUGUAAUGUCCGCCAUCAAGCAUCUCUCCACAGAAGAUGAUUAAAUGCAUAUGGAAGACGGCAUUCUUCUUUUUAGUAUGGUUGUGCAAUGAUGUAGUGUCGAAACGAAACCACACCCUGAAACCCAGAGUUGUUCUACCAGAAACAUACGUAAAAGAAAUGCGCCCUCCUUCACGCAAAGGACAACCAGUAAUUGUUGAAUUUAGUAUAUAUGUUGUGGAUGUAAAUUCAAUUAAUGUUGAAGAUAUGGAUUUUAGAGUGGAUAUGUUUAUAAGACAAACAUGGAUCGAGAGCCGUCUUCAGCUACCUGAUGAUAUAUUUGAGGAAGGCGAUAAUCACGUCACACUACCUCCAGAGUUUUUUGAUAAUCUGUGGCAUCCAGAUCCUUAUUUUUUGAAUUCUAAAGUCACAGGAGGGGCCUGUCACUUUUGCCAUCAAUCAGCUGAAAUAGCAGAACUCACCCACAAGUUUUCUUCCGUAACCUUAUACAGGAAUCAAACUGUCAGAUAUGCUGCAAGGAUGCACGCCAUCAUCGCCUGUCAGAUGGAAUUUCAACUUUAUCCUAUGGACAUACAGUCGUGCCCUAUUUAUAUAGAAAGUUUUUCAUACAGUAAUCAGAAAGUGCGGUUUAAGUGGAGUGAAGCUGGGGUGACGAUAAAUCCAGAGUUAAAGCUUCUUCAGUAUAACAUCGGUGAGCCGUUAAGAUUAGAAGAGACUGAUGGAUUGAUGAUUGACAAAGAGGGAAAUUUCUCUCGCCUGGUUGUAUACUUUCGUUUUGAGCGGCAAAUCGGUCAUCACCUCAUACAGACCUUUGCUCCUUCCUCACUAGUAGUGAUGCUGUCAUGGUUUAGCUUCUGGUUGGAUCUGGAUGCAGUUCCUGGAAGAGUAACUCUGCUUGUCACAUGCAUGCUGACCUUGGUCACAAUGUUUACAGGCCUAAGAGCUGAUAUACCUCCCGUUGCUUAUGUAAAGGCAUUAGAUCUGUGGAUGGCCGGUUGUAUGAUGUUUGUUUUUGCUGCCCUUAGCGAAUUUGUCGUUGUUAAAGUGUUAGACAAACAAUAUCAAAUGAACAAGUCUAGAGCACAGGAAGCCAUUCCACGAAUAAUACCAGUUCGCAUAAAUGGCGAGAAGGGAUCCUGUGGCACAGUUGCCGCCUGGGAGGGAAGUGGGGUCAGAUGUCGCAAGGUUGAUCUUACCUCACCCGCAUCUCCCCCCGCCACAACCCCAGCAGUGCAUUCUAACCCAGCCGCCCCCACACACCUAGCGGGAGAGCGAAGGCAAAGUAUAUUGCAAGUUGCGUGGCUGGAUGCAGAUACGGGGCAAGAAAGAGUAUUGUGGCGGGAAAUAGACAAACUAUCAAGAAUUGUAUUCCCUGCUUUGUUUCUUCUCUUUGUUACCUUAUACUGGCCUGUGUUACUGUUAAAAACUAAGAGUUCUUCACAUUAAUUUAGUCUUAUUUUAUUUAGAAAAAGAUGACUGGGUGACAUAAUUUGACAGACAGAAGUUGUACAUAAGUAAGAGUUCUAUUCAAGAAAGGUACAUCAUAUUUGAGAAACAUCUUAUGCCGUUCUUAAUUAUGAAUAAAAUAAGUAUAAGAAAAUAUUUGAUUAAUUUUUCUUAAAAUUCUAAGAAACUUACUGAAACAUUCUAGAAAGAAAAUAUGUAAAUAAAGAUUGUGUACAAGUAAAAAUUCGCAAGGAAAAUUUUUAGCUAAUAAUAAUAGAAAAAUAUGGAAUUAUCUAGAAAUAUAUAAUAUAUAUUUAUUUGUUAUGAGCAAAUUAUUAAAAACGUCGAACACGUCUGUGCCCAGAGCACAAUAGAAUCUGUUAUAUUUUAGUUACGUAGUUAGCUUUAAAUCAUGAGCUUAUAAUAUUGUAUAGCGAGCCAUCACAGCUUUAAUACAUUGUGAUAAUAUAUAAGAAUUAAUAUAGACGUAAGUCAUCCUUCUUAUGUGCAGCAUGGGCGGAGUGAAAUUAAGAAAUUCCUUAACAAGAGAGUUUAAGAUUUGAAUCGAGAGAACAGGCGUAAUUUAGAAACAACCAUGGCUUACUUCAACUAUAAAGUUUUACUUAAAGAAAACCUUUUGAGUAGAUUAUUUUAACACUAAAAAAUCUAGAAUAUACACAUAUUAAAAAUAGAAUAAGACAAAUAUGUUUUAAGUACGUAACGAAAUGUAAAUUCAAAAAAUAUCAGAAACUGAAAAUCGAUCAAAUCUAACAAAAAAAAACUUUAAAAACUUCGAAGUAAAUUUAGAGAGAAAAUGGUAUAUAGCUGAACUCUGUGACCCAUUGUAAACACUGAAAGCAGAAUAUAAAGUAAAUCGUAACAAGAAGGUUUAUUACUGAUUUUUUAAAUAGAAAUGCCCUUCUUGAUUUACAAUACAACCCACUUAAAAUGAACCCCUUCAAUCCGAAAAAACCGGAAGUCUGUUGAAGAAUCACGUUGAUAAGAAUAUGCCUUUGAAUCGAACAAACUUAAUUAUCAACACGAAUCCGAUGAAUCAUAAUUCAGCGACACAAGUAUUGUUACAUAAAAUAUUUUGCGGCGGACAUUGUCACAAAAUAAUGAAAAUCGAUCACGCUUUCUCGAUUGAGCGAUAGUAGCCUGCCACAAAGUAUCCUUGUCUAUGAGUCACUUCUUUUCAUUUGUUGCGCAUUAUUGUUAAUAUAUACUGUUUAGGUAAUUACUGUAUGCUAACAGUGUAUAUUGCUAUUUGUCUUGGUGCUGCAAAUAAUAUAGUAUAGUAUAUAAAUAAUAAUUUAAUUUAUCUGAAGCUAUUUAUAAAUAUGUGAAUAAUCUAUAUUAUUUAUGAUCAGAAACUAUUGUAUGUAAAAAAUUAUACGAUAUGUUACAGAAAGUGGUAAACUACCAAGAUUAAAAAUAAAUAAAAAAAACGAAGGAACUAAAAUUGCAAUCUACUGUAUAAAACACAAUUAUUGAACAAUGCGCGUAUAAAUUUUAUCGAUAUGUUUUAAUCAAUGACACUUACUUUGUCUAAGGUAUAGAGAACUGAAUUUAUGAACAACUGUAUUCUCUUUUAAAUGUUGUCUAUAUACUUACAUUCAGUGUAAAUAAUUUAGUUUAUACGUAUUAGUUGUUUCUAACAAUUCACAAAGUCUUAUGAAGAAUUAUUCAAUAGAUGGAUUUUAGUGAUAGUAAAGAUGUUAUUACAUUAUCGAUGUUUUAUUAAACGCACAAAUAAUACAUAUUAAUUUGUUCAUUUAUAAUAAUAGAAGUAGUAAUACUUUUUCAAUCGAAUUUACCGCAAUGGUUGAUACAAGCAUGUACAAUUUAAUGAAAUUUCGUGUUUAAAAUUGACAUUUAAAUAUGGAUUCAUCUAUGAAAAUAUACGUUUUAUUGUUUGAUAGAACAAAAAGAUGAAAGACUUCCCUAUUGUAUUUGGCUCUGUGACUUGGCUUAGAUCUUAAAUCUGUUUUUUCUAUUCACGAUGUUCUAGAACAAGUCUGUUAUUUGCAAUUGUUUAAUAAUGUUUUAAUAAGUAAUUUGCUAUUGACGCGUUAUGUACAUAAAAUAAAACUUCUGAUUUUACACAACUUGCUUAUUUAAAAAUGGAACGAUCAUUGUGUAAUUUUGUCUAUGCAGACACUAUAAAAUUUUUAUAGCGUUUCUGAAAUUGUUUGAUAAGUUUUCUCAGCAUUCGUAAAUUUUUGAUUUGUAAUUCUGCUAUUUGGGACGGAGACAAAUUCAACCUACACCUAAACAACACCUAUUUUAUGAAGCAUGAAUAUCUCACUACAUACACAAUUACAAAACAUAACUGUCAAAUUUUCAUUCAGCAGGUUUAGUGUAUGUUGUAACAACACAAACGUUCGCACGUAAAUAAGGUGAGGGAAUAAUGUCGGAUUGUCCAAUGAAUGAGGCCUUUAUAAGUAUUUAAUUACUCAAAUAUUAUAGUAUUGUUUUAUCAUGCUUGCUUCUCAAAAUCACGUU